UGGCCGGAAAUCAGCCGCUGCAGGUUGGAGUUUGACCGAGUGAUACACACCAGGAGCUGGACCUCUCGGAGCAGACAAUCAUGGAUUUUAUGACAGAUCGGGACGUGCAAAAGUACACAGAGGAUGGAUAUGUGGUUCUGGACGGGCUGCUGACCUCCCAGGAGUGUGAUGAGCUGAGGCGAAGAAUGGCAGAGAUAGUGGACGAGAUGGACGUCCCACAGCACUGCCGCACCACCUUCUCCACCUAUCAUGACGAGCAGCUCAAAACACAGGGAAAUGCUGACUAUUUCAUCACCAGCGGGGACAAGAUCCGCUUUUUCUUUGAGAAAGGAGUUUUUGAUGACAAAGGGGAAUUUAUCGUACCAAAACAGCGAUCGCUAAAUAAAGUGGGACAUGCACUACAUGCCUAUGAGCCACUGUACAAAAAGGUUACACAUUCACCCAGAAUCCAGGGCAUAGCGAAGAAGCUGGGUCUUGCAAAUCCUGUGAUACUGCAGAGCAUGUUCAUUUUUAAGCAACCAGGGAUUGGUGGAGAAGUGACGCCACAUCAAGAUGCCACAUUUCUGUACACGGAGCCCCUGGGCAGAGUGAUGGGGCUCUGGAUCGCCCUGGAAGAUGCCACUGUCAACAAUGGCUGCCUCUGGUUUAUCCCGGGGUCACACCACAGUGGCAUUUCUCGGCGUAUGGUGCGCACGCCAAAGGGCACCUUCCCCCUGACGGAUUUCAUCGGUCGAGAGCAGACCUACGAUGACAAGAAAUUUGUGGCUGCACCAGUUAAAAAAGGUGGCGUGGUCCUGAUCCACGGGGAGGUGGUGCAUCGCAGUGCUGAAAACACCUCCGAGGAUUCUCGCCACGUCUACACCUUCCACCUUAUGGAGUCCCAGGACACCCGCUGGAGCCCCGACAACUGGUUGCAACCCACUGAAGAGCUCCCUUUCCCACCUCUCUACACUAAAUGAAGGUUUGGGUUUUUCUUUUUGCAUUUGGUGCUGCAGCUCAAUGAAAAGGCAGAAAAAGGACCAACAUGUAUGAACUGUUUCGACCACAGAAAAUGUGCUGUUAAUAUCUCACGGCUUGUCUUGUGUCUUGUAUGAUAUCAUCUGUUUCUCAGAGCGACGCGUUGACUGCCGUGUAGCCUGAUUAAUGGCGACUGACCCACAUUUUUAAUGAAGAUUUCAGUAUUUUUAAAUGUGAAUUUUUAAUAGACUGGAAAAUUUGGGAAACAUUUUUAAGCUUUUUAUUAACCUUCCAAGGAGACUUCACAAUACAAUUGAUGUUCAGGUCUACUUUAUUCAGCAACUCCUCAUCAAUUUUGUCUCCAACCAGCCAUAUGCUAUGCAUGUGUCAAAACGAGAUGGCAGAUUCUUAUUUUUACAGACAACAGUAAGCAUUUUUAUUUUCAAGUAUGUUCAUGUUAAGACGCAACUUUAAAUGCAUGGAUGAAAGAUUAUCAACCUCAACAUACAAACCUCUUAUGUUCAUUUUUAAAUCAAACCGAGAAACAAAAGGAUUAGUGUCUGUUUUGCUGCUCCACGAUGCUCAAACCAGUAUUAAACAAAUGGACUAAAGUAGAUGGCGUACCAAUUUUAUCUUUCUUCUCCGAUGCACUCAACAUGCAAUAUUACAUUUUAAAAAAUGGAAGGAUAAUGACAAAAACAACAUACUAGUAGGAUCAUGCUAAUAAUACAACGUAAAAAAACCACCAAGAUCUUUUACAGGUGAAACAUAACGCUGUUAAUUCAUUCGUGCUGAAAUCAAGUUUCAGGUUGUCCUCAUCCAAGAAUGAUGAGAUGAAACCUGACGACAUUUGAGGACAUUUCUACAAAGCAAAUUUAAACAAAAUUGAUAAACUGUCACAAAAAGAAAGUUGCUGAAAAGAAAAGGGCCUUUGUUUAUUAUUCUGGCCCGAGGCAUAUCUACAGACUUCAGAAAUAUGCAGGGUUUAAAGGCUCAGUAUCACAAGGAGAUGUAUAUAUUAAGUUUAUCUGUAUAUCUACAGAAGGUAACUUUUAUAAAAGUAACUUUUUGUCAUAUUUGCAGAAACUAUCACUAUACCCUGACAGUAGUACAUGACAGAGAUAAUUUUCAUUAAAAAAUGACAUUUCAGGCAGAACGUGUUGCUGCAAAAACACUAUGCCCAGCCAUCUGGUCACAAUGAGCAAGCAGCUUCAUUUUGACCAUAAAACCAGUUUAACAUUGUUAACUACUGAUACUGCUAACAGCACAAACAGAGCUAACAGUGCUAACAUGGUCAACAAUGCUGAAAGGGGUUUACAGCUCAAAACUGAGGUGCUUACUCACUAGGGCAAGUUAGGGGGUGACCAGAGGGUGGACACAAUGUUUCUGUAGCAAUGCUGUUGGGUCAGGACGGCCUUAGUUGACAUCUGUAAUCAAUAACUGCUCACAUACAACAGCGCAUACUCCAAAAAAAACUUCUGUGUCCUGUCAGGAUAUAGAGACAGUUUCAGCAAAUUUUACAGUAAUUCUUUAAAAGUUACUUACUGUAGCUUUAAUGGGUCCCAUCAAACCUCAAACAAAAAUAUGCCAUAGGAUACUGUACUUACAUGUUACAGUACUGAAUUUCACAUUAGUGUCAUGCAAGAGCAUAGUGAGUUUCUGCCAUAUUUACGUAUAAAUCAGCCCUUUUAAAGAAGAGUUGAGAGGGGCCGUCAUGCUUUCAUCUACAAUAGUAGGUAAUGUGUGAUAGAAAAUAUACUUUUCUAGGCAAGUGUUCUCAGCAGUAAGUCUUUCAUAUUGCCAUCGGGGAGGCAAAAUAAAUCUAAUAACAAAUGUUGAUUAAGAAAAAGAGAUAACUUUAAAUAAUGUUCUUCAAAGGCAAUAUAAAGGCGUGUAUCCAUUUGCAAAAAAGGAACAAGAUAGGAAAACGCUCUCGUUGGUGAUCAAAAUGUGCCGUUUCGCAGCGUCUUUGCUGUCCAGAAGUGUUUAAAAGGACAUUUUUCCACUUUGCAUUACUCCCCUGUUGCAUAAUUUUAAUUUGUUGGUGUCAGGGUUGGAGUGCCUCAAGCUCAGGACGGUGAAACACAUGGAAACUAAACCAUACACCGCCGCUUUCACUACAGACGCAGCUUAGAAUACUCAACAAAUAUUUAACAUCUCUUACAAACUUAUUCUGAAAUGUCUCAUUCCUCAAAGCAACAGAUACUGAAAUGGCUUGCUAUCUGAGGGCCACAGACUAAUGUCAUGCUAACUCACAUCUGCUGCCACAAACAGAAAGGAGCACAUCGUUCCUUUGUGCCCCAUUGGUUUGUUGACGUAU